UAAACCAGAAGCCUGAAUAUGAAAACUCACUGUCAGUUAAUGUUAGGAAUAGACAGAUUGGCUACAGUGCCACUGGAUGGACAACUAUAAAGCAACUGAAGAAAGUGGGGAAUAAAAAGGAGUUACAGUGCAGUCAGAGGAGAGUGGAGAAGAGCGGAUAAGCGUGCGCUUGAUGUGCUGCAGUGUGACGUGGAUGGAUGUGGGAUUUCUCCCCUGUUCUUUGUGUUGAUGUGAUUGGUGCCCAGAGUUCACCGCUUCACAAGCUGCUGCUGCCCUGGAGCCAGAGUGCAGGAAUUCACUCUCACCGAAACUAGCGCACACACACGCACCAAGACACUUACUUAUACACGUUUCACACACCAGACGCCACAUGGACAGAUACACACUCUGGCAGCACUUCAGAGCUAUAACUGCACUUGUGGUUAAAACAGAGUGUUGCACUCACCUUUUUGACAGCUGCCACAUCCAUUCCGACCUUUUUUAACAACAUUUUCUUCAAGUUUUAAGAAAAGGAACUUUUUUUCACCUCAUUGUCCUCAGGGCAGGAAGACAUUUGUCUUUAGUUUUUGAAGUAACAGCAUUGGGAGAUUUUGGGACUAGUUGCUCUUUGUAGCAUCAUCAUCCUCACUGUGGUAAAGCUGUCUGGGGGGGCUCGCCGUCAGCAUGCAGGUGUCUUUUGUGUGCACGGACCACCGAGCUGUCAGUCGCAGCACAGAGGACCGACUGAACCGUCAGAACACUAACAGCCCAAGUUUGGGGACCAAAAGCAAGUUUCGCGCCGUGGCAAUGGUUGCCCGUAGCUUGGGCCAACUGUCUGUGCAGAACAUGCCCUCGUCUGGUGACCACUGCUUGAGAACUGGCAUGAAAUAUAGGAACCUUGGGAAAUCUGGCUUACGAGUAUCAUGUCUAGGGCUGGGCACAUGGGUGACAUUUGGUGGUCAAAUAACUGAUGAGGUAGCUGAGCAGCUGAUGACGCUGGCGUACGAGAACGGUAUCAAUCUGUUUGACACAGCCGAGGUGUAUGCGGCAGGGAAGGCUGAAAUGGUUCUCGGCAGUAUCAUCAAGAAGAAAGGAUGGAGACGUUCCAGUUUGGUCAUCACCACCAAGAUAUACUGGGGUGGAAAAGCAGAAACAGAGAGAGGCUUGUCUAGAAAACACAUAAUAGAGGGUCUAAGGGCGUCACUGGAGAGACUUCAGUUAGAGUAUGUGGAUGUAGUGUUUGCUAACAGACCCGACCCCAACACACCAAUGGAAGGAGAUCCAUUUAACACUUCAAAAUCAAGAACAUUCAUCAUAGAAGAGACGGUCCGAGCGAUGACCCAUGUGAUUAACCAGGGAAUGGCCAUGUAUUGGGGCACGUCCCGCUGGAGCUCCAUGGAGAUCAUGGAGGCGUACUCAGUGGCACGGCAGUUUAACCUGAUCCCACCUGUCUGUGAGCAGGCUGAAUAUCACAUGUUUCAGAGAGAGAAGGUGGAAGUACAGCUGCCUGAACUCUUCCAUAAGAUAGGUGUGGGCGCCAUGACGUGGUCUCCGCUGGCCUGUGGGAUCAUCUCAGGAAAGUAUGACAGCGGUGUGCCUCCUUAUUCCAGAGCCUCCCUCAAGGGCUACCAGUGGUUGAAGGACAAGAUCCUGAGUGAGGAAGGCCGCCGUCAGCAGGCGAAGCUGAAAGAGUUGCAGGCCAUUGCGGAGCGGCUGGGCUGCACGCUGCCCCAGCUGGCCAUCGCGUGGUGUCUGAGGAAUGAGGGGGUGAGCUGUGUGCUGCUGGGGGCCUCCAGCACUGAACAGCUGAUGGAGAACAUAGGAGCCAUUCAGGUUCUUCCAAAAUUAUCAUCAUCAAUUAUACAUGAAGUGGACAGUAUCGUAGGCAACAAGCCCUACAGUAAAAAGGACUACCGGUCUUAAAAGGAAAGCCAGUGACACUGAGACGACCUGCUUCUUUCUCUGAGCUUUGACUGAAAAAACAUUGGCUCAUGGGACCAGCACUGUCACAGGUCCUGCAGGAGAAGCCAACUCACACACUACAUGAAGUCUGCCGACAUUAGCCUGAGAGGAGGCCAAGAACCGCAUGGGCAGAAGAGAAGCAUGCUCACAUACAAAUCAGCUAGGCUGGCUCAAUAAGCAGAACGACCACCAACCACCAAGAAACCACCGGCUCGCUUCCUCCUCCCUUUGUCCCCUUGUAGUAAACACUAAGAAGUGCAGUAUUAGAGAUCCAGAAUUUGUACUUACUCUAGAAAUGCAUGAGAUCUGGCCAUGGCACUUGCUUUACAUGUUGGAAAACAAAUACAUUUGCGUAAGCUCACAGAAAGUAAUGAAGCUGAUGAAGCACUUUGGUGAAUGCAGAAAGUUACAUGACUGAACAAACUAAAUAGGGCAUUUGAUGUUACUCAUCUCUGGUUUUAUAUCAAAAUUGUUAGACAAUCUAGUGCUUGUUUACAAGACUUCAUUUAUACUACAAGCUAUAUCAAUUCUGGCUGUGUUUUAGUUCUAAACAUAGAAAGGGGAAGCCAUUUGAGUUACAUAUAAUACUGUAUAAAGCUAUGGGUUGUGAGACUGUCAGAAAUAUUAAAUAGAGAUCAAAAACAGGCCUCAGCAAAUGUGCAAUAUCAGAAAGUUUGUGUUAACUCAUUGUUCUUUUUACUUUUAAAACCUUUUCUAAGAAGCAAAUGACCUAAUACAGUGUAGACAGACAGUAGUUGAGUGGUGGUCUGUGUGCUCAUUUGUCAUCGCUUCGUCGGGCUGAAACCAAAGAAAUUUCUGUGCUCGAUCUGCCGUGCUGUUACCUUCAAACUAUGGGUACAAGGUUUGACCACGUGACCCAUUGUUUAAAAUGUUAUUUGGAACUCGUCAUGUUUUAUGCCUGAAUGUUGUGUACUUUAACUCGUUUUCAAUGUAUGUGGAAAUCUCUGUUAUUAUUUAUUUUAACAGUUUUCAGAAUAAUUUUGAGACAAGCCUGUCUUUUUUGAAGGCAUUAAGGUGUUAUACUAUUUGUUGUUAUUUGUCAGUUUACCUUGUCAUGUUUAAUGUUUGUCGUCCUAGUUGUAUGUGUUGUUUGCGUCUUAACUACGAAUUUUUUAUUUUUAUUUCGUCCAAUGGCGCCCUCUACUGGCUCGCUCCAAAUUAGCCUACUACAUUAAAUUUGACAUUACUCGUUCGAAAAAGGCUUUAAAUUAACUGUUGCUUUUGAUUAAUGAUAAUUUACAAUAAUAUUUGCAAGGCAGUGGAUAUUUUAUUCUUAGUGCAAGUUAUUUUCCAUGUGUUUUCCAUGAAACAUUAUUCCAGAUGUGUCUAUAAAAGUGGUAAAUCAUAUCUUGGACAUUUUCAAACUAAUAAGCCAGUGAUUAGGACAGUGUUAAUUUGCUGUCUGAGAAUUACUAGAUUAUAUUCCUUAUUUAGUACUAAUGCGAAAUAUUCAGUGCUGGCAACCAUUUGUUUAGCAUGUUUCAUCUGUACCAGUAUGUGUAUGCAUUAUGGCUUUUUAAAACCAUCAGUGGUGAAUGGAGAGCAUAAUCUGGUGGGAGUGACAGAGGCUUUAUGGAGUAAUUUAUAUGUGAUCAUAGUUAUUAACUUUAAAAUAAAUGCCCAAAUAAAUUCACAACAUAUCAAGGCAGUUCAAAAUAUUCAGACACUCAUUUCAAUAUGAAUGGACUUUUUACUGAAUUUAUGUAUUAACAUCUUUAAAGAGUUGCAAUACAGUUGGCUGCGUGUACAUAGUAAUGAAUUUUAAUAAUGGCCUAUUAUUUUAGUGUAGAACAAUGCUUAUGCUUGGCUGGGUAUGAAAGUGUUGACCUGUAGUUGGAAUGUAAUGCAUCUUAUAAGGGUUUUGAUUGUUGUCUGAGCUACAUCCUGUUUUAGGAGAGGAAAUGCGUCAAACAUACUGUUUAACAAGAAAAAAAUCAGAGAUUAUUAAUAAUAUUCGUACGGCUUUUUGAAGUAGCACUUUAACCAAAGACCACAGGAUCUGAUAGAAGUGGAAGGCGUUACUUCAGUUGCCUUUAGCUGAGGGUCAUCGUAAAUGUCCUUAUAUUUGUCAUUUGUAUGUUGAGUCAGGCUGCAUCUAUCGUUUAAGAUGUUAGUGGUUUGCUUUCGCUCAGGAAGUCAUAUGUUGUCAGUAAUUAGAUGGUAAAAUUGAAGCAGUUUUACCAGUUUAGUCAUGUGGAGGAUAAACAUCAUUGAAUGAGAAAUUGUUGGUGUACAGUCCCCCUCCUCCCCUGCAAGGACAGAGGCUGUUGAAGAAGGAGCCUAAGUUGAAUACUUUGCUGUAAAAUUAUUUAAAAAAUAGUCCAAUAUUGUCAACAGGAGUAACUGUAUGUACAGGAAUGUUUUGAAGCUGAUUUGAUAAGAAUACUGUUUUUUGGUAUAACCUAUAAUUCUGACAUUUGUUAACUGUAAUAUGACCAUUACUGUUACAGAUAUGCAUUACGUUAUGUUGAUUUCUGUAGAUACAUAAUGGAAUGGUUUGAUAACAUGUAUAUAAUCUAAAUAUAUAC